GGAGCAGAGGAGCAGAGGACCAGAGGAGCUGACACCGAACCGGGAUCUGGAUCAGCUGUCCUGACCCGGGUCCAGAUGGUCGCCAUGGCUACCAGCUGAGCCUCCUCCCAGCAGCAUGCAGGCGGCGCCGCAGGAUACCGACUCCAGCGGCGAGGAUGCGCUGGUUCUGGCCUUACACGGACCCAACAGAACCCUGCCAGCGGUCCCUCUGAAGAAUAGAUCUAUGCUCCGCAGGAAACGGGAAUUCAUCCCGGAGGAGAAGAAAGACUCGCUCUACUGGGAGAGGCGCCGCAGGAACAACGAAGCCGCCAAACGCUCCAGGGAGAAGCGGCGCUUCAACGACCUGGUUCUGGAGAACCAGCUGAUGGCGCUGGGCGAGGAGAACGCUUCGCUGAGGGCCGAGCUGCUGGCGCUGAAGAUCAAGUUCGGCUUGGUGAGCUCCUCGGCCCACCAGGAGGUCCGGUCCGGCCAGCGGUUCAUGAAAGCAGAUCUAGAGCAGGUAGAUCUGCCAAACACUUCCGUCAUCAAACUCUCGCCUCUAGUGCCUGAAAUGUGGGCAGCAAAGCGGGCCUUGCUCUUCAGAACAGAAGAUCUGAAGCAAGAAGCAGAGGAGAGCAGCGCUGCUUCUGAACAGGUCAGAACCGGCCCGGUUCUGGUCCGUCUGCAGCCUGCCGGGUCGUCCAGUAACUCCCCCAGAACCUGGGAGGAAAACGCCAUCAGUGAGGAUGAGCAGCGGGUCCCCAAGGGUCCGGCCUCGUCUGCAGCCGACCAAAGAAGCGUCAUCGUUUCCGCCCACAAAGUGCCAGAACCCGGUUCUUCAGCUUUGCCCCAUAAGCUGCGGAUCAAAUCCAGAACCAUCCAGAUCAAAGCGGAGCCUCCAGACCCUGAGUAUGAGGCGGCGCCUCCCGUCCGCUGUCCCCUGUCCCUACAGGUGUCCAACAUGCUGGGCUGGGGCCACGGGCCUGCCGGCGCCCAUUCUGCCCAGUGGCUGAAUCAGUAGGAGGAGCCUGAGACCUUCACCUCCUGCUGUGUGGACCUGUUGGACCAGCCCGACCCGGGUUCUAACCUGGGAUCUAACCUGAGGUUCUAACCUGAGGUUCUAACCUGAGGUUCUAAUCCAGGUCCUUACCCCGGUUUUAACCUGGAUCUAACUCAGGUUCUAACUCAGGUUCUAACCCGGGUUCUGAGGCAGGAUGAGGAAUGGUUCUGGAACAGAUGUUGAUGUUUGGUUCAUGAUGAUCGGUUUAUUAAAAUGACAAAAUGUUGAGUUUU